CUUCUUCGGAAUUGUAUUUGUAGUAGUAUGUGCUUCUUUUACUACUAAUUUAAGCCCGGCAACAAUAGUAGUAGCAGCAUCUCGAUUAUCAUCGGCAGAAGCUAAGGCUCUACUCAACUGGAAUGCCAAUGGUGGUGCCCAAUUUCCCUAUUCCUGGAAUGCAUCCGAUACAAGCCCAUGUAAAUGGGAUGGGAUAGAUUGCAAUGCAGCUGGAAGAGUUACAAAGAUGAGGCUAUCUGAUCGCUUCAUGUAUGCAGAUCUCGACAAAUUGGAUUUCUCCUCUUUCCAAUAUCUGGUCCAUCUCGAUCUCAGUCGUAAUGAAUUGUCUGGAAGCAUCCCAGACAACAUCGGUACGCUUUCCAAACUCACCGUUCUUUACCUAUCUGGGAACAAACUUUCAGGGAAAUUUCCUUCUUCACUAGCUAAUCUGACCAGUUUAACUGAGUUGGAUGUUUCUAAUAAUAAGAUGAGUGGUGAAAUUGAUGGAUAUCUAUUCACUAGUUGCACCAACCUCACCAUUUUCUCCCUCUAUGGUAAUAGUAUCAACGGAUCAAUACCUCAAGAGAUAGGAAACCUCAAAUCCCUCCAUCAGUUAGACCUAAGUGACAACAUGCUAACUGGUUCAAUACCUACAGCACUGGGAAAUCUUAAGAGUCUCAACAUAUUGGACCUGAGUAACAAUUUGUUGAAUGGUUCAAUCCCCAUGGAAAUUGGAUAUAUGGAACACCUAAGCCAUCUUUAUCUCAGCAACAACAAGCUACAUGGCCCAAUACCAGUACAGAUGGGGAAAUUGACAUAUCUAGCUGAGUUGAACCUAAACCAGAACAUCCUCUCUGGUUCAAUACCUCCAACAAUCGGGAAUCUUAAGAAUCUCGACCUAUUGGACCUGAGUAGCAAUGUGUUGAGUGGCUCAAUCCCCAUAGAAAUUGGAGACAUAGAAGAGUUGCAGCAGCUUAAUCUCAGCUACAACAAGCUACAUGGUCCAAUACCUGCACAGAUGGGGAAUUUGAGAUAUCUAGCUGAGUUGGACCUAAGCCAAAACUUCCUCUCUGGUUUGAUACCUCCAACAAUAGGGAAUCUUACGGAGCUCUUUGAAUUGGACUUGAGUAGCAAUGUGUUGAGUGGCUCAAUCCCCAUAGAAAUUGGAGACAGAGAAGAGUUGCAGCAGCUUAAUCUCAGCUACAACAAGCUACAUGGUCCAAUACCUGCACAGAUGGGGAAUUUGAGAUAUCUAGCUGAGUUGGACCUAAGCCAAAACUUCCUCUCUGGUUCGAUACCUCCAACAAUAGGGAAUCUUACGAAGCUCUUUGAAUUGGACUUGAGUAGCAAUGUGUUGAGUGGCUCAAUCCCCAUAGAAAUUGGAGACAUAGAAGAAUUGCAGCAGCUUAAUCUCAGCUACAACAUGCUACAUAGUCCAAUACCUCCAACAAUGGGGAAUCUUAAGAAUCUCGACCUAUUGGACCUGAGUAACAAUGGGUUGAAUGGUUCAAUACCUAAGGAAAUUGGAGAUAUGGAACAACUAGUGCAUCUUAAACUUAGACACAACAAGCUACAUGGUCCAAUACCUGCACAGAUGGGGAAUUUGAGAUAUCUAGCUGAGUUGGACCUAAGCCAAAACUUCCUUUCUGGUUCAAUCCCCAUGGAAAUUGGAGAUAUGAAAAACAUGUGGCAGCUUAAUCUCAGCCACAACAGGCUACAAUGUCCAAUUCCUUCACAGAUGAGGAAUCGCAAAUGGGAUUGGGAUCUGUCCUACAAUGAUUUCAAAGAUCCAUGUGAAAUCAGAGAGAAUAGGCUUAAAGUCAAGAUUUCCCUCAUUAUAUCUCUUUGUAGCAUCAUACUUGUUGCAUUUGCAGUUGUUGCUAUCCGGUUCCUUCUCAGGAGAAAACCGAUGAAUUCCACCGGUACAACAAGAUCACACAAAAAUGGAGAUAUAUUUUCCAUAUGGAACUACGACGGAACAAUUGCAUAUAGUGACAUCAUGGAAGCAACAGAAGAAUUUGACAUCAAAUAUUGCAUUGGGACUGGAGGUUAUGGGAGUGUUUACAUAGCGAAGCUACCUACUGGGAAAGUAGUUGCUGUGAAAAAGCUUCAUCGCUUAGAAGCCGAAGAGAAAGCCUAUGAUGACAGCUUCACUAAUGAGAUAAAUGUAUUAACAAGAAUACGGCAUCGGAAUAUUGUGAAACUUUAUGGGUUUUGCUACAAUUCAAGAUGCAAAUUUUUAGUUUAUGAAUACAUAGAAAGGGGAAGCUUAGCUUAUGUUCUUGGAGAUGAAGCAGAAGCUGUGGAAUUGGAUUGGAGGAAACGUUUAAAUGUCAUCAAAGGGGUUGCUCAUGCUCUGUCUUACUUGCAUCAUGACUGUGUGCCUCCAUUAAUUCAUCGGGAUAUAUCAAGCAAUAACGUUUUGUUGAAAGCAGAACUCGAGCCUCGUGUUGCCGACUUUGGAACUGCUAAAUUUCUAAAUCCAGAUUCAUCCAACCGCACUAUACUUGUGGGCACAUAUGGAUAUAUUGCUCCAGAGCUUGCUUAUACAACGGUUGUGACAGAAAAAUGCGAUGUUUAUAGUUUUGGGGUCUUGGCCUUAGAGACAAUUAUGGGAAAGCAUCCGGGUGAACUCAUCUCUUCACUAUCAUUACCAAAUGGAAAAGAUAUAACACUAAAGGAUGUGUUAGAUCCACGUCUCCAACCACCAACACAAUUGGUGGCACAAGAUUUGACUUUCUCAAUGAUGCUUGCAAAUGCAUGUUUGCACACCAAUCCAAAAUCUCGUCCAACUAUGCAAUACAUAUCUCAGGAACUAGGAAAUCCUAUGAACCCUCAUCAUAACCCCAUUAUAGCAAAGGUACCAACAGAGAAAAUAGUAGCUGUGAAAAAGCUUCGUCACCUAGAAGCUGAAGAGAAAGCUUAUGAUGCUUCACUACGAUUGGGCCGCAGUGAGAGCAUAGAAUUGAGAUCAACAGAAUCAAAUUUUUCCAUGGCAUCCUUCUUCAGAAUUGUAUUGAAAAUAGUUGCUGUAUGGGCUUUUUUCACCACUGCUGCAACAGCAACAGUAGCAUCUGAAUCAUCAUCACCAGAAGCCAAAGCUCUACUCAACUGGAAAGCCAGUGGUGGCCAUUUUCCUAAUUCCUGGAAAGAAAAUGAUACAAGCCCAUGUAAGUGGGAUGGGAUAGAUUGCAAUGAAGCUGGAAGGGUGAUAGUCAUAAGCCUAUAUUUGUACUACAUAUCUGCUGAGCUCAACAAAUUGAAUUUCUCCUCAUUCCAAUUUCUAGUCCAUCUCGAUCUCAAUAAUAAUGGAUUGUCUGGAACCAUCCCUGACAACAUCGGUAUGCUUUCCAAACUCAAGUCUCUUUACCUAUCUGGGAACAAACUUUCAGGCAAAUUGCCUUCUUCUCUAGCUAAUCUUACCAGAUUACUUGAGUUAGAUAUUUCUUAUAAUGAAAUAAGUGGUGAAAUUGAUGGAUAUCUAUUCACCAACUGGACCAGCCUCAACAUCCUUUCCCUCUCUGGCAAUACUAUCAAUGGUUCAAUACCUCCAACAGUGGGGAAUCUUAAGAGCCUUUACCGAUUGGACCUGAGUAACAAUGAGUUGAAUGGUUCAAUCCCUAUGGAAAUUGCAGAUAUUGUAGAGCUAAUGCGGCUUGAUCUCAGCCACAACAAGCUAGAUGGUCCAAUUCCUGCAGUAAUGGGGAAUUUGAGAUAUCUCAGUGAGUUGGACCUAAGUAAGAACAUGCUAACUAGUUCAAUACCUCCAACAAUGAGGAAUCUUAAGCGUCUGCAAAAAUUGGACCUUAGUAGCAACAUGUUGAAUGGUUCAAUCCCUAUGGAAAUUGGAGGUAUAGAACAACUAUGGACACUUAAUCUCAGCUGCAACAAGCUACAUGGUCCAAUACCUGCACAGAUGAUGGUGAAAUGCAAUUCUUACAUUUAUUUGGAUCUUUCCUACAAUGAUUUGCAAGAUCCAUGUAAAAGCAGAAAGAAAAGGCCUAAAAUCUUGAUUCCCAUCUUCAUAUCUCUUUCCAGCAUCAUACUUGUUGCACUUGUAGUUGUUGCUGUCUGGUUUCUCUUUAGGCAAAACUCGAAAAAUUCCACCAUUGAUUCAAGAACACAAGGCAUUGGAGAUAUAUUUUCCAUAUGGAACUAUGAUGGAAGAAUUGCAUAUAGUGAUAUCAUGGAAGUGACGGAAGAAUUCGACAUCAAAUAUUGCAUUGGCACUGGAGGUCAUGGGAGUGUCUACAUAGCAAAACUACCUACAGGGAAGGUGGUAGCUGUGAAAUUGCUUCAUCGCCUAAAAGCUGAAGAAAAAGCCUAUGAUGAGAGCUUCACUAAUGAAAUACAUGUAUUAACAAGCAUUCGGCAUCAUAACAUUGUGAAACUUUAUGGGUUUUGCUGCCAUCCAAGGUGCAAAUGUUUAGUUUAUGAAUACAUAGAAAGGGGAAGUUUAGCUGAUGCUCUUGAGAAUGAAGCAGAAGCUAUGAAAUUGGAUUGGAGAAAACGUUUAAAUGUCAUCAAAGGGGUUGCUCAUGCUUUGUCUUACUUGCAUCAUGACUGCACACCACCAUUGAUUCAUCGGGACAUCUCGAGCAAGAAUGUUUUGUUGGAUGCAGAUCUUGAGGCUCAUGUCGCAGACUUUGGAACUGCUAAAUUUCUAAAUCCUGAUUCAUCCAACCGCACUAUACUUGUAGGUACAUAUGGAUAUAUUGCUCCAGGUAAGUUACAAUAUAAUCAUCCUUUUUCUCAUACGUAUAGUUCCAAGUACAUUGACACUGAUUUGAACCAUUCAAUCAUAUAUAUACACAUCUUGGGAGUGACUCAGAAGCCAUUCUUAGUAGGAGAACCAAAAGACACAGGCUAUCUCCCUUUGUUGUCUAAAACUACAUGUUUCUUGAAUUGGUAUUCUUUGAAUUUGAAUGUUCUCACAAAGUUGACUCUAUUGUUUUUUAUUUCCCUCUUUUCAGAGCUUGCAUAUACAAUGGUUGCCACGGAGAAAUGCGAUGUUUACAGUUUUGGGGUCUUCGCACUAGAGACAAUUAUGGGAAGACAUCCAGGUGAAUUUAUCACUUCGUUAUCAUUGCCAAAUACAAAAGAUGUAAUACUAAAGGAUAUGAUAGACCCACGUCUCCAACCACCGACACAAUUGGUAGCAGAAGAUUUGUGUUUCUCAAUGAUGCUUGCUAUUGCAUGCUUGCACAUCAAUCCAAAAUCUCGUCCAACUAUGCAAUAUGUGUCUCGUGAAUUGGGAUGUCAUACAAUCCCUCAUAUAUAACAGCUCUUUUGCACAACUUCAUUGUAGCAAUGGAGGGACCGCGCAACAAAAUCAAAUCCAUAAAGUUUGAGGGAAGUAGAUCUUAUAUUGUUAAAAUGUUUAUGUUGUAUUUAAAGAAUUUUUUACUUUCAAUCUUAAGUUGAA